CCCGGCAGGUAAACAGUACUGUCAAGGGAGAGAACGCCGCCGAACUGUCUCGGUGUUGUCACAAAGCUCGUCUGCUAUAACAGGCACUCGACCCGGGAUUACGCGGCUAAUACGAUGAGCUCAGGUUAUUCGUACCGUCAACACUGCUGGAAUUAGCUCGACGUAGAUCAAUGUAGAAAGGGAGUGUUUAGAUUAUGAUAAACGUCCAACACAGGGAAAAUUCGACACCUCAGCGAAUACAGGCCAGUCUGUCCUUUUGGGGAUGGGGGGGUCUCGGAGUUGUGCUGUUCCUCAUCACCUUCGGACCCUUUGCCAUUUUCUACCUGGCCUUUUACAUCCUCUGCUUCAUUGGAGGGGGCUUCGCCGUCACUCUACUUUAUGGGAAAAUCAACUCGGAGAAGUACUUGGAGAAGUGCGAGCACUCCUACCUGCCGCCUCCACCAAUUGGUAUUUCAAAGACGCUGGAUGAGAUGAAGCUGGAAAUGAAGCCCAUAAAGAUUGACAGGCGGCUGACUGGCUCGAGUUUCAUAGACGAACCUCUGCAACAGGUGAUCCAGUUUGCUUUGAGAGAUUACAUCCAGUACUGGUACUACACUCUGAGCGAGGAUGAGUCUUUCUUACUCGAAAUCCGACAGACACUUCAGAACGCCCUCGUCCAGUUCUCCACGCGGUCCAAAGAAGUGGACUGGCAGCCUUACUUCACCACUCGCCUGGUGGACGACUUUGCCACCCAUUUGCGUGUCUUUCGGAAAGCUCAGGAUCGUCUCCCGGACAGAGAGGAUAAACAAAGGGACAUAACAGAAGAGCUGAUAGACUCGUUUUUUGAGGCCGAAGUGGAGAUGGAAAGAAAAAUCUGCCGGGACGUGGUGUGUACUUCUCUAAAGGACGAAGAAGGUUUCCUCCGGGACUUGUGCGAAUUGCUUCUGUAUCUGUUGCUACCUCCUGGAGACUUCCACAACAAAAACAUGAGAUAUUUUUUAAGAGAGGUGUUGGCACGCGGUGUCCUGCUUCCGCUCAUCAACCAGCUGAGUGAUCCCGACUACAUCAACCAGUUCGUCAUCUGGAUGAUCCGAGACUCAAGUUGUAACUACGAAGCCUUUAUGAACAUCUUGAAAUUGACCGACAAACCUGCAGAACUGGAAGCCGUGAAGGACAAGGUGAUUGAGGAACUGCAGUAUUUGCGGUCACUGGACACGGCAGGAGAUGACAUCAACGUCAUCAAAAACCAGAUCAACAGUCUUCUGUUUGUCAAGAAGGUCUGCGAGACCAGGAUCCAGAGACUAAAAUCUGGAAAGGAGGAGGUAGACACGUUGAGGCUCGCGGCCAAUUUCGGCAAGCUGUGCGUCAUCCCGUUGGAUCACAUCCUGGUCCACAACAUCGCCUUGCAGUUCUUCAUGGACUUCAUGCAGGCCGCCGGUGCCCAGGCGGAGCUCUUCUUUUGGUUGACGGUGGAGGGCUACCGAGUGACGGCGCAGCAGCAGCUAGAGGCCAUGCAGCGCUGGCAGAAAGACGGAAAACGACAACCUAACGCAACCAAGGGGCUUCUGAAAGCGGCCGCACUGGGCGUUUUUGAGCAGUAUCUGUCUGAAAAGGCUUCUCCCAGAGUCCAAGUGGAUGAAGACUCCAUAACACGCUUGUGGGAGAAGCUUCAGAAAGAUGAUCCCACGCCAGAAAUUUUUGACGACAUCCAGAAAAAGGUUUAUGACAUGAUGCUUCGCGACGAAUGCUACUACCCCUCGUUCAAGCAAAGCCCGCUGUACGUGCGCAUGCUAGCCGAGCUAGACAUGCUAAAAGAGCCUAGCUACCGUGGCUCCGACGACGGCGACGCAGAAUCCUUCAACGGCUCGCCGACUGGAAGCAUCAAUCUGUCUUUGGAUGAGCUGAGCAACUCGUGUCACGACGAAUCGAUACAGCUUCACGCUUUCAUCUCCGAUACGGCUGACGCUUCUGUUCCCGGCUUGUGGGCCGCCGCAGGUGUGUGCAAUGAGCACGGGAAGACGUACGCGCUUUACGCCAUCACUGUAUUCAGACGCAACCCAGACGGCAGCGAGGAUUGCUGGAAGACUUAUCGUCGCUACUCCGAUUUCCAUGACUUCCACAUGAGGAUCACUGAGCAGUUUGAGAACUUGACGUCCAUUUUGAAGCUCCCGGGGAAGAAAACAUUCAACAACAUGGACAGAGAUUUCUUAGAGAAGAGAAAAAAGGACCUCAAUGCAUACCUACAGUUGCUGUUGAACCCCGAGAUGGUGAAAGCGUGUCCAACGCUUAUCCCGUAUGUCUACGACUUCCUAGAGAACAAAGCUUACAAUAAAGGCAAAGGAGAUUUUGCACGCAAGAUCGACACGUUCGUCAAUCCUAUAAGGAGCUCCAUGAGGAACGUGUCCAACGCGGUCAAGUCGCUCCCGGACAGUCUUGCCGAGGGCAUGAACAAAGUGUCGGACAACAUGGGCCGCAUGUCCGAAAGACUGGGCCAGGAUAUCAAGCAGUCAAUCUUCAAGGUGCCUCCUCUUCUCCCCAAGUCGGACAUUGACCCCGAACACUGUCGGGUGUCGGCCCAGCUGGACGACAACGUGGAUGACAACAUCCCGCUACGCGUCAUGCUGCUACUAAUGGACGAGGUGUUCGACCUAAAAGAGAAGAACCAGUGGCUACGCAGGAACAUCAAGAACCUGCUUCAGCAGCUCAUCCGAGCCACUUACGGCGACACCAUCAACAGGAAAAUUGUGGACCACGUGGACUACUUAACGUCUCCUGAGCAGGUGGCAGACUAUGUCAAGAAGUUCAGAGACUCUUACUGGCCCAACGGAAUUCUGGCCGAGACGCCGCCCCGUCGGGACAAAAGCAUCCGCAUGAGGACGCGAGUCGCCGCCAAGACGAGCUUGCUGGGUAUCAUGCCAGACGAGCUGAAGCACAUCAUCGGCGCCGACACCACGCGCAAGGGCAUUCUGCGCGUCUUCGACAUGUUCCAGUACCAGGCCACCAACCGCCGUCUGGUCUACGUCUUCCUGGAGGGCUUCUUGGAAACCAUGUUCCCCCAGUACAAGUUCCCCGAGCUCUUCGUCAAGCUGCACUCCCGCUCGCCGCGCGUCCACCGAUACGGCCACAAACUCAAAGGCUCCUCGCUCAAGAGGUGACACCGGUGGACCGGGCGAACGCCGACUUUGGGGGCGGGGCUUCAAUGCGGACUUCUCGUCAAAAACACUCCCAACUUUAACGGUCUGCUCGCACACAAUACGGAAAUCCUAUUACGCAGCACGCAUUCACUUGACUGUUUUAGCCCUCCUUUUCGUUCAGGAUGUUUUUUUUUUUUUUUUACAUCAGUUCAGUCAGUGCUGCCCCCUGCUGGCCUGCCAGUACUGCACUCUUUUAAGCGAUAGCAUCCACCCUUGCCUUACCUUUUCCUUUUCGCUUCCUCUCUUUAAUGCUGUAGAGGUUUUUUAACUGCAAAAGAUGCACUCUUUGUCAAUAGCACUGGCUAACGAGGCGCUCUUUUAAAAAGAAAAUGUGACUGAACAAAUGAUGAAUGGAUUUUUCUUUUUUUUUUUUGUCACGCCUCGUUGCAUCAGAGUCCUCAAGGAAGUAUCCAUCAAAGACCCUCAGAUGACCAAAGCUCACGCUGUUCUGCAAUGAAAACCUCGCCGUGCUGUUCAUAUAAGCACACUAUGAAAAAUUGGAGUGAUUUUUACCUCAUUCACUGCCAUUUUGUUCGUCAAUGGCAGCCAAUGAGUUAAUCUUGUGUACACGAUAACGAAUGUAUCCUGUGUGCGUGCUUGUGUGUGGUGGAAAAAAGAAGAAAAAAAAAAACCGGGAGUGAGUUGGCCUUAAAACAUCCAAACGAGAAGCUCCCCUCCAUGACUGAACUUCAUGAAAAAAGGACAAAACCCCCAAUCACUUUUUAGGCAUCAGGUCUUCAAUUUUGUGCAAUAUUCUCGGACGCAUGUGCAUUUUGAAUUAUUGUGUAGUGAAACAAAAGAUUCAUGUUUUUUUUUAAAGAAAAACAUGAAAUGUCCUUCUUAGCCCAACUUUAACAUUCCAUUGUUUGUUUUUUUUCUUUUACAGACUUGUUUUAUAAGUCAUUUUUGUUUGGGCAUGUUUUCCCGACUUACCUUUUAUUAGCAAAGUAGCUCGUUUGGCUAAUUUUAGCCCGUGACGAGUGGAGGCGCUGCUAGCUAGCACUUAGCGAAGCAACUGUGAGCGAGCGUUUUUCAUUGGCUGAACCGGAGCACUUGUCUCCGCAGUCUUUGGUUGGAAACUCGGUCACAGUGGCCUCUGAUUGGCUAAAUAAUUCAAUGGUGAACUGUCACCUGUAACUGCACACCUCUCCAUUUAGGAAGGCUUUUUUUGUUUUUUAAACCUAAAUAUACAUAAAAAUGUUCAUAUAUGUGUACAGUUUGUCAAUAGCGUGCCUAAAUGUACUGUCAACUCUAUUUUCAUAUUUUUCUUUAACUUAAAAAUCAGAAUGUCAUGACUUUUAACGACUGAAAAUGAUCCCUCCCUUUUCACUUACCAACAAACUUUUCCUUUGGGAGCAAUUGUGCUCGCAUCAGUAUAACACUAAUAAAAGGUAACUCUGACUAACUGACCAACAAUGUAUGGUGCUUGAAUUUUACUUAUCAGACUGUGCUGUGGUAAGAGGUUAAAGUUAUUAAACAUAGAAUGAAUAAAAAAAAGUAAACCCUUAAGUGAAAGACGACAUCUUUUAACAUGUCCAUCCAAUCAGGGCCGGCCCAGCCUAUACGCAGACUAUGCAGCUGCUUAGGGCCCCUGACCACUAGGGGGCCCCCAAUCUGGCAAUUGUUUAAUUUAUAUUCUAUUUUGUUUACUACAGUUAGCUUUUUUGACUUUUGAUACUUGAUUACAAGCUUAAAAAAAUAAAAGUUCUUCCUUAACUUCUUUCUUUCCUCUUUUAGAAAAAGGUUUGGCGGUAUCUACUGUAAGUACUGACAAUCAUUUGGGGUGAGAAGUUUGACGUAUGCAGUGCAACAAAAUCUGAUUAACAUACAAAAUAUGGACGUAUGGGUUGGAUUGCAUGUAUGGGUUUCACAGUACACUGUGAUGAAAUGGUGGGCCAAAAAUAUGGGCCCCUUUGCAUUAUUUUGCUUAGGGCCCCCAAAUGGCCUGGGCCGGCCCUGCAUCCAAUGAAGAAACAAUUUCAUUUUUCUGAUGUGUAAUUGUGUGAAAAACGUGUAAAAGCCAGCAAUUUUUGUUGUUGUUGCUAUCAACACUGGUACCAUAUUAGCCAAUCAGAUGUGAGCAUCCCAAAUUACCUGCCUUUCGUCAUUAAUACAUAUUAUGUGUGCUAGAUUACCGGUUUCAAGGUAUACCAUGGUAUGAAAACGUCAAGGUUUCAAAACUGCAAAAAAUUGGCUGAAGGAGGUAAAACUCAACAAUCGCUGGUAUGGGAAUACUCCAGCUACAGAAAAGCUACAGGGGGCCGCGGUUUAGAGAGCGCCAACCGACAUGUAAAACAUGUUUGUGGAGGGUGACUGCAGAGGAGGCAAUACCUCCAAUAUGAUUUGUGAUAUAUAAAAAAUUAAAAGUUAGUAAACACUGUCAUGAACAUUUUCCACCUAAAAGACAUUUUAA